ACAUUCCGACUGUGAGGAUGAACGUGAUCGAAAAGUAAACCUUCACAGCAAAUAAAGCUUCAUUAAAGCUUCAUCGCUCUGUAAUGAUGCGAUAAAGAAGAUUAUCUGAGGUCUAGGAACGCAAACCAAGAUGCUGAGGAUCAGCCAAUCAGCAGUGUUGGUCAGUGUGCGGAUGUGUCGUCAUGGUAACCCAGCAUCCCUGAGGCCCUCCCUCAUCAGCAUCUCUCAGUGCGGGUCAUUCAGAGCUGUGAGCACGCAGGGGUCCGGCUGGUACGAGAGUGUGGCGGACUCCGCACCCGUCCACCAGGCGGAGCAGCUCCUGCUGUCGGUCCAGCAGCUGACCGGACUGCCCUGGUGGAGCAGCAUCAUCUGCACUACACUGGCCCUGCGCUGCAGCAUCACACUCCCGCUGGCCAUCUAUCAGGCGCACAUCAUCGCUAAGAUUGAAGCACUGCAGAAAGAGAUCGCUGCGUUUGCUCAGCAGUUACGCUUCGAGAUCUCCGUCAGAGCCAAAGAGAAGAACUGGACAGAGCAGACAUGCAGGUUUCAUUUCAAGAAGAAUCUGCGGCGAAUCGUGUCGGAGCUUUACGUCCGUGAAAACUGCCACCCGUUUAAGGCCAGCGUGCUGAUCUGGGUUCAGCUGCCCAUGUGGGUGUGUGUGUCUCUGGCACUGAGAAACCUCAGUCUGGGCCUGGGAAACACUGAUGUGUCUGCAGGGCUGGCAGCAGGUGGCGCUCUGUGGUUUCCUGACCUCACUGUGCCAGACUCCACCUGGAUCAUGCCCGUCUCUCUCGGCAUCAUCAAUCUGCUCAUCACUGAGAUCUUCGCUCUCAGACAGACGGAGUCUUCAAAGAUGCAGAAAUACGCCACACACUUCAUCAGAGGAAUAUCAGUGCUGAUGAUCCCUAUAGCUGCCACAGUGCCGUCGUCCAUGUGUGUGUAUUGGCUGAGCUCCAGCUGUGUUGGUUUGGCUCAUAACCUGCUGCUGAGAUCUCCUGGUGUCCGGAAGCUCUGCCGGAUCCCAGAAACACGCUUUGACUCUCAGACGCCCUACAGAGACAUCGCCGCCGCGUUCAUCCACAAAUACAGCAGAGCAGGAGCUCACAGCGGAAAAUAGACUGCAAUGGCCAGCGCUACAUAAAGAGGAUUUGUGGAAUAAAGAGAAAGGCUCCGGUUCAUCUUCAGUGCUGUUCACUAUAAUCUCCAUCAUCAUGGAUUCAAGAGGACUUUCAUUUUACAUCACAAUUUCUAGAGUUCAUUUACAAUUUUACUGUUCAAAGACUAAAAAUAAAGAUGUGAUCAGUCAUCAUUGGUCAUUGCAUUCUAUUGCCAGUUUUGCUUAUUAACAUUUUUCUUUAAAUAUAGAAAUAAAUCAGGGUUUUUUGCACAGCAACUCAUGAUCAACAGCAAACACUGGGUCCUUCUUCCCAACAGAGAAAGUCAGCAGCAGUCAGUAAUGCAGGAUGAUCUGCUGUCAGGGCUUUACUAUCAAUAAAUGUGAUUAUAAUGGAAGUGAAUGGAGCAACAACAGACAACAUCACCAAGCAGAGUCAGUGUGAACAGUGUGUUGAUGAGUUAUGAAAACUCUCACAGCAUUUCCCCAAAA